AUGGUACGGCGCCUAUUAGGCGAAACCUAUGGAUUUGAAGAUUUGAAUACGACGAUCAAUCCGGAGGAAGCAGUCGCGCAUGGGGCUGCGCUUCUGGCAGCCAAGCUUAGCGGAAGCCAGUACGAUGGAAUCCGUGAUAUCUCCUUUACCGAUGUUUAUCCAUUAACAUUGGGCACAUCAGUUCUUGGCGGCAAAAAUUCGGUCCUUCUGCCACGAAAUACUAAGGUCCCAGCAAAAGUGUCGGAAACCUUCCAGAACUCCGUUGAUAAUCAGAAGGAGCUGCAGAUCGAUGUGGGUGCUUUUAUGCAUUAUAUCUGGGUUGCAUUAUUCUAUAUCUAUGCGCCGGUUGAGCAGUUGUAUGCCGGGGAACGAGUGCGGUAUGAGCACAACACACUACUCGGGAAAUUUUCGCUACCGAUCCGCCAAGCUCCCGAAGGAGAAGUUGAGGUAGGCGUCACCUUGGAACUGGACGCAGACGGCAUCAUGACCCUGAGCGCAGAAGAGCUGCUGACCGGAAAUUCUGACUCAAUUAAAAUAACGCGUGAAGAUGCUCCCGCCGAGAUGACGUUCGAUAUUGAAGACUACCAAGAGAAUAUUGAACGGUACGCAAAAGAAGACGAAGCAUGGGAGAAGGAGUACAUGAUGAUGAGGUUGAUCCGGAGCAUCGGACCUUUAGGGGGUCUUCUUUCUCGGCUGAGAAGUGGACUCAUGCUCAAUCUAAGCGAUAGCCCCGAUAGCGACGACAGCGAC